AUGCCCACCCGCCCGCGCCGUAUCGAUGAUGCCCUCUCCCAACUAGUCGACUCUCUUACCCCCGCGCUCCCAAUCACCGCUAUCCAAGACGACGAAUACUCCGACGCCGACGAAGCGCUCGCCGCUGCGGAAGAACGCCGGCACAACGCAUAUCUCGAGCGAGCAUGGCGCAUAAUAGACACCCACACAUCAUCUAACCCCGCGGAUGGUGGCUCUCCAUCAGGUCGUCGGGGGAGCGUCGCGGGAGCAGAAAAUGUCAACAACGCCGCAGAUCUGAUCAAGCGCAAAUUGCGGCGUGAAAAUGCAAGCCCAGAGCUGGCAGUCAGGUUCUCGAACAUGUACUCCAAGCUCCUGACGCAGCCCGUGCUCUCGCAGAAAUGGGGCAUCCUGUACCUGCUCUAUAAGCUAUCCGACGAGAGAGAGUUUGCGGCCGAGCAGGGCGGCGAGCGGAGCCGCAGCCCGCUCAUGGACGAUGGAAAUUUGCAGAAUAUGCUGGGUCGGGGAACUCGGCCUAGACGUGGUACUGGUUCUCGUCCGUUUGACUCGGAGGAUGAUGAGGGUCCUGCUGUUAGCUCGUCUGCGUCGCAGCAGAUGCCGCAACGGGUGCAGAUGCAGCCUAAAAUGGAGCGCCAGAGCUCACUUCGCCGGGACUGGGAACGAGAUGAGCGGGGUAGUGCUGCAGCGAGCAGUUUCGACGCGACUGGGACCGAUCGCGAGGGUGAUGACCGUGCGGACGUGGCGUCUCGACCUUCUAGGCCAUCUACAGCAACGCCGGCUACAUCUGAGCCCCGGGCUCCUGAGGGAUUUGAACAUGGACUAUUGCGUGACUUGCCUUUUAACUUGCAGGGAUUAUCUUCAACAAACUUGCAGUUCCAGUCAGAUUCCGUCUUGAAAUUGCCGCGCAAUUUGCCGGCGCCGAUUAUUUCUUUGCUCAACUCGUUGUCUGAGCCUUGUCUUCUUUAUAAGGGUCUGUCAGCCUUUGUUGAAAGUACAGAAGGUGGGUUAGUGAACCAGAGCCUUCGGGCAGCUAUUGCCAAUGAGCUUCGCUCUUAUCUCAGCUUGGUCGCUACUUUAGAAGCGGAAAUCAGACAAGCGCUUACUGCCAUUGGCAACGCAAAUGAUCCUAAGAGUGUUCGGAAGGGCGGAGUUACCCUGAAGCGAUGUGUGGUAUGGACAAGGGAUGCUACGAUGGCGCUCCGGUUGAUGAGCCUUAUCGUAGAGGAGUCUCGUGACAAGAAAGGAGGCCAAUUGAUAUCCUUGAUUUAUGGGUUUUCAUCGUCCCACGGUGACCCUUUUGUCUGCGCAUUUGCAGAGAAACUUCUAGUUCAUGUGACGCAGCCAUUCUACGACAUGCUUCGAUCAUGGAUCUAUGAUGGUGAACUCUCUGAUCCAUACGAGGAAUUCUUCGUUGCAGAAGGAAAAGGAAAGUCUGAUGAGGAUCCUCGCCGCAUCGCAACCAGCGUUUGGGAAACCAAAUAUGUCUUAGAUGAGAAAAUGCUGCCUUCAAUCAUCACCCAAGAGUUCGCAAACAAGGUCUUCCUGAUCGGAAAGUCCUUGAACUUCAUCCGAUAUGCUUGCGGCGAUUCCGCAUGGGUGGAGGCAUAUUCUAAGGAGGCUUCAAAAGAGCUUAGAUAUGGUGAUACAGCCACUCUGGAGAUAUCCAUUGAUGAAGCUUAUAAGACCACCAUGGCACGCUUAAUUCACCUCAUGGAUAACAAGUUCAAGCUCUUUGAUCAUUUGCAAGCCCUGAAGAAGUAUUUGCUUUUAGGUCAAGGUGACUUUAUCGCGUUGUUGAUGGAGUCUCUAGCCUCGAAUCUGGACCGACCUGCAAACUCACAGUACCGUCAUACCCUGACUGCACAGCUGGAACAUGCUAUCCGCGCCUCAAAUGCGCAAUAUGACUCGCCCGACGUUCUUCGCCGGCUAGACGCACGCAUGCUCGAGCUCAGCCAUGGUGAGAUCGGCUGGGACUGCUUCACCCUGGAAUAUAAGAUCGAUGCCCCCGUGGACGUCGUCAUUACACCGUACGGAUCAACCCAAUAUCUAAAAGUCUUCAACUUCCUAUGGCGCGUGAAGCGAGUCGAAUUCGCCCUCAAUAGCACCUGGCGCCGUUGUAUGACCGGUGCAAGAGGUGUACUCGCCCACGUCGACGACAAAGUUGGGCCGGAUUGGAAGCACGCACGAUGUGUCACUGCUGAAAUGAUUCACUUCGUCUGCCAACUCCAGUACUAUAUCUUAUUUGAGGUUAUCGAGUCCAGCUGGGAUACGCUGCAGGCAGCCGUAUCUAAACCAGACUGCACACUUGAUGAUCUCAUCGUGGCGCACAAAGAAUAUCUCAACUCCAUCACACACAAGGGUCUGCUCGGAUCCGCAUCUCCACGCUAUGGUUCCUCAACCUCCAAUGCCGCCAAGCAACCCGAAGAAAGCUUCCUUUCCCAACUCCAUCAUAUCCUCAAGAUCAUGCUUUCUUACAAGGACGCUGUUGAUGGGCUAUACUCGUUCUCCGUUGCAGAGUUCACCCGCCGCCAGGAACUCAAUGCGAAAAUCGAAACACGUACUGCGCAGGGCCGCUGGGGCGUCACAGAUCGUGAUAUUUUACCUCGCCGCACAAACAGCCGUGGUGGCACAUCUAUGGCCUCAACGCCAAAUCUUCGACCUGCUAGUUCAGGCCUCGACGGAUUCGAUACUCCAUUUAAUCUUUCGGCGCAAGAUUCUACAGCUGACGAGCACAUGCUCUCGUCUCUACGUGUAAGACUUAAGGAUCUCUCUGCUGAUUUCCGCUCGCGUCUUAAUAUCCUGCUUGGUGAUCUUGCCUACCAACCUGAUGUGGAUAUGCGUUUCUUGGGUGUUGUCAUGAACUUUAACGAUGUUUAUGAGCCUAUAAAACGACGACGUGCUCCAGGUCCUAGUUCGCGGGAUAAAGAGAAGGAAAGAGAGAGGGAGCGUGCGAAGCGAAAGGCUGCUGCUGCUCAAGCUACAGGCUCAGGCACUGAUGGCAGCGUUCCGCGAGAAAUGCGACGAGAACGAAAGGAUGCCCCGGAACAAGCCGUUAAUGGAGUUGCAACAUGA